AUGGCAGCAAAAGCCGCGAAAGCCGCACAACGAGUGGCAGAGGAGCUCGCGAAACAUGAGAAGGAGUAUCUGCCAUGGCAUCAGAAGUGCGAUGAGACCAAAACAACAGGGGAGAUGAAUCUGCUGGUUGCAAUAACAGUUCCAGCGUCGGAGAAACGACAUUUGCAUGGCUACGACAAGACGGAUGUCUACGACCUCGACCUGCUGCUCAAACCCAACACCAACUUCUACCACAAGCAUGUGCGAGAGCAUCAGGAAGUCUCUAUGAAAGAACUUCAAGAGAUGAAGAAAGAAAUGCGAGACGAGCUUCAAAACACCUUGUUGUCAAGCUUUCUAGGCUCCUACAGUGAGAACUCGAAAUGGGAAAAUCACGACGAUACGUGGAAGGACUUGACGGGCUGGGAGGAGCAGGCAGUCUUCGACGACAUCCUAGAGCUGAUCGUCGAGGAGUUCAUGAGGACCUGGUCAAGGGUAGACUUCUCGACUUGGAGGAGCACAGAUGAUACAAGCGUCAGGACGGUGGAUGGCACCGAGCUGAUCCUUCAGUACGGCGAGAAAGGAAGAGAAAUGAUCAGCUUCUGGGCGGGGGCACCGGAGGUCAUCCAGGAGAUAGCGAAAGGGACGGAGGAGAAGAAGGAGAUUUUCAACAUCCAACAGCUGUUGACGAGUGCUAGCCGCAUGCUGGCUGGGGAGGAAAGGCCGAACGGAGUGUUUGAGAGCAUGGAGGGUCAGUUCCAGCAACACAACAGGAGGAAGGAAGACGGCUCCUGUCCGGACUUUCUUCCCCCCUGGGCAAUAGCUGGGCCUUACUCUGAGAUUCACCGAUGGUUCUUCCAAGGGACUGGGACUACGACGCAUGUUGUCUGCAGCGGAGUCGUUGAGCAGUGGGACCAGGAGGACGUUACAGGAGACUUCUGCUUGACGGACAGAGAACGAAUGUACCUCAAGCAGGCUCUGCAGCUGACGGUCAAAGCAUCUCGACGAGAUUUGUACAAGUUCCCUCUAGAUAUUCGAGAAAUUCACCUUUUGUCAAAGAUCAAGCAACAUGUGGAGGCUGGUCCGUGGCAUAAUCCAGCUCUGGGAAUCUUUCAGUUUCGCGUCAAGUCCUUGAAGAAGAGGAUGAGGAAUUGCGUCUUUUUCAGCAAGUGCCUGGAGACGCUGCCGCAGGGCUCGGUAGCCGACAAGGUCCCCGCACGGCCCGAGGCAUUCGAGGAGGAGAUACCCCUGGACCCCCUCCCUCCCAACCUCGAGAGCCUCCAGAGGGACCAGAAUGAAGUCAUCGAGUUCUACAAGUACGGCAAGAAGAUCGGAGCGAUCCGAGCCAAGUAUGUCCUGGAGGAUCGCUUCCGGCUCCUGGACAUGAUCGAAGAGUUCACCCCCGACUUUCUCUCCUCCUUCAAGACCAUCGGCCUCGACUCUGACGGGCAGGAUCACACCAUGAGCUCCAAGACUUUACAGCACAUCACCGACAUCACAGCGCUGGCUAUGGAUCUGAGCAUGCCAGACUACAGAGAAGACUUUAUUGCUUGCUUCCUCAAGACUCAACUCGAGGAGCUCAUCGGCCCCACCUGGCACAUCAUCGUCGGCCGAUCCUUCGGCUACAGCAUCGCGUACCAGCUGGGGGAGGUGGACGAGAGGGAUGAGGGGAGGGGAGAGAGGGAUGGGAAGAACGAGUGGGAGCUCAGGUAUGUCUGCAGGUUCAGGAUGCGACAUUUGGCGAUCCUCGUGUGGAAGUCGGAGCCGGAGGAAGCGUCUUAG